AUGGACAUGCCUAGGAGGCAGACAGGCUUCAACAAUGUACCGUCGGCGCAAAGAAAGAUGGAUUCCGCAAACACGCAAUAUCUCUACCGAGAGACUCGUCUCAACCUCGAAGCGGCUUCUUCGUCGUCUGUCGUCAAUAUCCGCGUUCCCUCGCUGACAUCCAACGGCAGAGGCGUAAUCCGCAGACUGACCUAUGGGAACGGCGGCAAGAAUGUGAGCGAAGAUGAGGUGGCCUUCCGACUUAAGAACCUCGCGGCUGCCUCGUCGGUCUACCACAGAAAAUGGCACGAUGCACCGCGCAGCUUCCUCUGGAGAUUGCUCGAGGACGGCUUGGUAUUAAGCCUUCGUGUGGUCGAUACCUGUCGCCAUGAAAAGGCGGCGGAUGCGCCCCUUACGCUCAACUUCAGAUUCUCGGUACCGAUCCAACCAUCCUGCAUCGCCUUCGCCGACCCCCGCGAACACGAUGCGCUCUCGAUGUUUGUCCUCGACGAGUCUAGCUCUCUCUACACAUUUACUCUACGACCCGAUUUUUUCAGGAAGCGCUCCGCGAUCGAGACUGGUCCAGGCGAUGCUUGCAAGGCUUACCAGCCAAAGGUCUUCGGCCUGAAGCAUCCGCACCGAAUGGUCGCAGCAAGCCCCGAUCAGGUUGUCAUUUCCCUCUACGAUGGUGGCCUUGUGAGGCUCGAUAAGAACAAGGCUCAAGACUCCGCCAGCAACCCGUGGAAAGAGACGAUCUAUAACUCCCAAGGUUGGGCGCAGGGACUCCGCAACUUCCUCCCUUUCAAGCAGAACAACUCUGUUCGAUACCACAACAUGUCCAUGGACGCCAGCGCGGCCACAUCGAUACAGGUCACGGACCUGGGUUUGGAUGAUGCUGCCUUCCUGUUUACCGUCUGCCUCGACCACCGCAUGCGGAUUUGGAACUUGCGGACCGGACAAAUCCUUUUUACCGGAGACAUCCUGAACGCUGACCGCAACCCUCAAGAGAUGGGCAAGUGGCAAAUUGAUCCAUCUCAAUCAAAUCUGCUGCAGCUUGUUGGCGACGGUGCCGGUAAGAGGAUGUGUGCUACCUAUUCGCCUAUCGGUGCCGGGGAGUUCAAGUUCUGGAAUAUCAAGGCUCAUGAUACCGAGACCGUCUACGUUGAGGACGCAUUCCCUAAGACACACUUGGUCCCGUCUUCACCGUCAUUGUCGGAUGUCUGGACCCUCGCCGAUUUCGUUCUUUCCAGCCCGUCGGAUGGUGGUGUUCAGUUGUGGACGUUGUGGAAGAAUAACAUGACCUACCGGGUCCAGGAGCUGGAACUCGAUAUGGACAAUAUUGGAGAUUCUUGGGAGACUGAGUGGAACUCCGUGCACAUCGACGCGACAUAUCCAACGGCGCAGGUCUCGGGCCCGUCGGACCCAACAGAUACAACUGAGAAAUGGCUGGAGCUGAUCUUGGCACCUGGCCGUUUCACAAAAGCUACCCUGGAGACGGCCCUUUCAAUCUACGAGAAGGGGCUGGGAGCCCAAAAAGACGGCGGAUCGAGGGGACAAAGGGGCUUGACGGAGUCUAUCUGUUCCGUUCUCGCUUCUACAGCAUCUCUGGAUCGCAACUCAGCCGGUGGUAUGGAUUAUGAGCAAUUCCGUGCGAGCAGCGAAAUCCAGUGGCGGAGAUUCUACAGACUACUGAUUGAGCUAGACAAGCAGCGUGGCGAGGCGGUCUCUCUGAUUCUCGAUUCAGACACCGAUAUGACCUGGGUAGUUUGUGCCGAUGCUGUGUCUGCCAUCAGAGAAUGCAGCCCACUCGAACGAUUAUACUACAACCUUUCGCGCCCAGACGAAGGAUCAGAGCGGACAGCGACUCUCAUUUCCACGGGAAUCAACUUUGUAGACACAAUUUCUGACAAUAUCCUGCAAGUCUGCAACGCGGCGCUGCGCCCUGAAAUUUUUGAGGAGACGCCGAGGACGGAUUACGAGCGGAUUCAGUACUUGUUCGACACCACCGCCAUGUGGCGAAGUGUAAGCGAGGAGGAUUGCGCGCAGGUCAUUGAAAGCCUGGGGCAAAAUUACAGCGGUGUGACGAUGGAGCUGUAUAACAGCCUCGCUGCCUUGAUCGCCGCCAGCGCAGAGUCAGGAAGCCGCAAGACCCGGCAGCCUCUCACUGACUUUGGAAGAAAAUUGAUCGUCAAGACUGUUCAGGAAACAAUCGAGCUCCAGUGGAAGGUUGUCUUUAGUCAGAUCUUACUAUUGGUUCACAUGGAAUUCGACUGGGAGCAAGAGGAGGACAUGCUCUCCAAGCGAUUCGAUAUUGGCAACGUGUUUCGCCAGUUGCUCGAGUCCCUCCGCAGAUUAGAGCUGCUCAGGUGGCUUUCCAAAACCGAGAUCACAGUUCCCAUUGGAAACAAGCACGAACGCAACGGCUCCUUCUCUGGCUCGCCAAGCGCCACCAAGCGAUCUGGCGAGGAGACCCAUACUAUCACCGCUUUGGAGGGCAAUGUAGGACACCUCCUGGGCUUCGUCGAUGGCAAGAACGAGCUUUUGGCCUCGAGCAUCACGGAUAUUGUCAACGAUUUGUGCGCAUCAAACAGCGACAUUGAGGUGUCACCUACCCUCAUUCAAUGCUCCUUGAUCAGGAGAGAACGGGCUGAUUUGGCCCUGGAGCUCAACCCCUUCUGCCGUCAAACGCCUUUCGCCAUAUAUAUCCAGGGCCGAGUCUCCCUUGCCCUCAAAGAUUUUGCCUCGGCCGCUAUCCAUUUCCGCAAGGCGGCCAUUGGAAUGAGUGUGAAGGAUGUUGAUGUCGACCGCCAUAGCAGUGGUCUCCUGGACGACACGGAAUGGAACCUGCUCAACAAGGGCCCUGCCCGUUACUAUUGUCACACUGUGGCCCUGUUUGAGAAGGCCAAGGCGUACUCUUGCGUUAUCGAGUUUGCCGGUCUGGCUAUUCAGUACUCUCACGCCAGCCCCGAAGCUACAUUGGUGCGGAGCGAGAUGCUUAGUCGCCAAUUCAACGCAGCCACAGUGCUCUCGCGCUUUGAUGUUGCUCACGCCAGCCUACUUGCCAUGAAGGACAAGGCAAUGCAGCACUCGUCCCUGCGCAAGCUGGUGGACAAGAUGUGCGAAUCUUAUCACAACAAGGAACUAAUGUCGCUACCCUUCCCUGGGCUGUCAGACUCCAUCGAUGAGAUUUUGUCCCAGAGAUGCAGGUCGACGAUGGAUGUCCUGAGCGGCAUCCCUUACCACCAAAUACUCUACUCCUGGAGGAUCAAGCACAACGACUAUCGUGGCGCGGCCACAGUCUUAUUGGAUCGCAUUCAGAAGCUGCAAUUCGCCGGCGAGGGUGACAAGUUCAUUGGGGAGGACAUCCUGGACACACCCGUAACGAAGCAGUACCUGCUGCUCAUCAACGCCUUGAGCUGCGUUGACCCGAAGCAAGCCUGGAUCUUCUCAGAGGAAUUGCCGCCUGCCAACUCGAGGGACGGCAACUUCCAAGGCAAGCGCAAGGUCGUCACGCUGCCAGACUUACGCAAACAGUACCAGGACGAGCUGGACAGAAUCGCUGCCAUCCAGAACAACCAGUUCGGAUUCGAGGCAGACGACGCUAUGGACAUUUUGUAA